AUUAUCGGCUGCAGAAAGAAGCUAGUGGCGAUCAUGGCGAGUCAGCCCGGAGCCGCUCUCCGCCUUGUGCUGCUGAUCAGUGGGAUCCGAACCGGUCUGCUGCAGCCAGGAAGAAGUUCUGGUUUUCACACCUCCUCAGAAAACUACCCCUUGGCUUCCUCAUUUCAGGACCAACUUCGGAAUUCUGGGGAGUCCCAGAACCUGGUGACAGAAAAUGUGACUGUGGUAGAGGGGGACGUGGCCAUUAUCAGCUGCCGGGUGAAGAACAACAUUGAUGACUCUGUUAUCCAGUUGCUGAAUCCAAACCAGCAAACCAUCUAUUUCCGUGACUUCAGACCUCUAAAGGACAGUCGGUUCCAGUUGGUAGAAUUCUCUAGCAAUGAGCUACGUGUUUCGCUAUCUAAUGUUUCCAUCGAGGAUGAGGGAAGGUAUUUUUGUCAGCUGUACACCGAUCCCCCACAAGAGGCGAUCACAACCAUCACAGUUCUAGUUCCCCCACAUGACCUAGUGAUUGAUGUUCAGAAGGACCUGCAUAAGGAGGGAGAAAAAGUAGAAAUGAAUUGCACAGCCAUGGCAAGCAAGCCAGCGGCAACCAUACGAUGGUUUAAAGGGGAUCAGGAACUGCAGGCUGGCAGGACUGAAGUGGAGCCCCUGGGAGAUAAGAUGUUUCGUGUGCACAGCCAGAUCUCACUCAUUGCACUGCGAGAAGAUGAUGGGGUUCCCAUUGUGUGUCAAGUGGAUCAUCCGGCUGUCAAAGAAAUGCAAGCACGGCAACAUUUGGAAAUUCAGUACAAACCUUUUGUCUUAGUGUCUGUGAGUUAUCCACAAGGACUGACCAGAGAAGGAGAAUCAUUGGAGUUGACUUGUAGAGUUGUCGGCAAACCAAAACCAGAAAGAAUCCUGUGGCAAAGACUGGAUGAUGAGCUUCCUGACCAUGCAAUCGUGUCUGGUGACAACCUUUUGAUUACAAAUCUCAAUAAAACAGACAAUGGCACAUACCGAUGUGAAGCUUCAAAUUCUUUAGGAAAAGCCUCUGCUGAUUACAUACUCUUUGUAUACGAUCCCCCCACCACCACCACCACCACCACCACCACCACCAUUCCACCUCCCAAAACUACCUCCACCACAAACUCCACCUCCCUCAUCACCCCAGACGCAAGUGCAACGACAGAGCCAGCGGUUCACGAUACACGGGCAGGAGAGGAAACACCUAUUGUGGUAGAUCAUGCAGUAAUUGGGGGAGUCGUAGCAGUGGUGGUCUUUGCUAUGCUUUGCCUUCUGAUCAUCUUGGGAAGAUACUUUGCCAGGCAUAAAGGAACAUAUUUCACCCAUGAAGCAAAAGGAGCAGAUGAUGCAGCAGAUGCAGAUACAGCAAUCAUCAAUGCAGAAGGUGGCCAGAACAGCUGUGAAGAGAAGAAAGAAUAUUUUAUUUAGCCUUGUGUGUAGGCAUGAGCACUGCUCAGACUCAUUGCCUAAGGAAAGAAGGACCUUCCAGCGUCUCGCGUUUUUUAUCGUUUGGCUAUGGUACGGAUGGAGGAGUGGGGAACCCAUCUGGUAUAAAGUGAUCACCCCUUAACACUCUGUUUAUUGUUUGACACUUUUACUUUCUUUGGGAUAACCAGAGUCUGAAACAUUGGGGAUGGGUGGGUUUAGGUAAAAUGUAUAUUCCAGGCUUCUUGGUGCAGGAGGACUCUGUGUAAAACGUCAUAUCACUGCACAGAGGACACCCUACAGCAGAUCCCUGUGCAUAAGUCUGCAGCAGGCUCCUCCUCCACUGACCGUGUGUAUUUAUCAUCUGCAGAAAAUUUGGUGCCUUGCUUGUUUUUUAUUUCACUUUCCAGAAAUAUUCUUGUUUUCCCGACUGGUUAUUUAGGCCACUACAUGUUAUGGCUGCUCUUCUGUCUGUCCAUAUCUUGUUACUUUAUUCUAAAACUGCAUCUAUGUGUAUUUCAUUCCAGCUACUGUUGGGCAUGCACGUUUUUGUUUCCCAUAGAGAUAGUACCUUAUAUCACUUACUGGUGAUGUCUUAUGAGACUUCCUACUUAGGUUGCUCUUUUUCUGCUAGAAUGAGUUUCCCUUAAGCUUGUUUUCUCUUAAUUUAUCUCAUGUUUCAUGCCUGGCCUGUGUUCUAUAUGCCUAUAUUGCAUCACAUUCUUCUGGGCCUGUCCGCUGUCCAUCUAAUGUCACUUCCUGCUGGGCUUGACUUCUAUCUGUCUGUUUUGCAUCACAUUCUGCUGGACCAGUCUUAUCUUAAGUCACCUUUACUGGCUUGUCUUUUCUCUGUCCAUCUUAUGUUACCUCCAGCUGGACCAGUUGUAUCUCUGCUCAUCUUUUAUCACCUCCUCCUGUGCUUGUCUUCUGUCCAUCUAUUGUCACUUCUUGCUAGGCUUGACAUCUAUCUGUCCAUUUUGCAUCACAUUCUGCUGGGCCUGUCUUCUGUCCAUUUAAUUUUACCUUCUUCUGGGCUUGUCUUCUCUCUGUCCAUUUUAUGUCACAUCCUGCUUGAAUUGUCUUUUAUCUGUCCAUUGUAUCUCAUCUCCCUCAGGGCCUGCCUUCUAUUUGUGCAUCUUGCAACAUCUCUAUAUUAUGUCACUUCCUGCUGGACCUCUCUUCUGUUUGUUUAUCUUUUGUCACUUGCUGCUGGAUUUUCCUUCUGUUUGUCCAUCUGACAUCUCCUACUGUUGUAGCUGUCUUCUAUUUGUCCAUUUUAUGUCCCCUUCUGCUGGGCAUGACUUCUAAUUUUUUCUAUUAUAAUUUUUAUACUUUAUUUAUAAAGUGCUAACAAAUUGUGCAGUACUGUUCAUGAUUAUAUUAUGUGACCUUCAGCUUCACGUCUUCUCUGCUCUUAUCACCACCUGGUUGGCUUAUCUUCCAUCUGCCCAUCUUUAUGUUGCCUUCCUUAAAGCCUGUCUUUUCUUUCUUUAUCUUAUGUCACCAGCUACUGUUGUCUCUGGCCAUCUUUUGUCACUUCCUACAGGUCUUCUAUCUGUUCAUCUAACAUCAUCAACUACUCUGCCUGCCAUAAUGUUGUCCAUUUUAUGUCACCUUCAGCAAGACCAGUCUAAUAUCUGUCCAUCUGUCAUUAUCUCCUGCUGCACCCGUCUUAUCUCUGUCCAUCGUUGGCUACUUACAGUUGGGCUUAUCUUCUAUCUGUUCAUCUGGAGUCGCUUUUUUUCUUCCCUCUGUCCAUCUUUGUCACCUCCUACUGGGCCAGUCUUCUCUUUGUCAAUCUUAUGUGGCAUUUGGCUUUUCCUCCCUAUCUCCAUUUUAUGUCACAAUGUGCUGGAUUUGUCUUCUAUCUGUCCAUUUUAUUUUUUCUCCUGCUAGGCCUACCAUCUCCCGUCCAUAUUUUGUUAGCUCCUACUUUGUGUGUAUUUUACCUGUCCAUCUUACAUCAAGAUAUGCUGAGCCUGUUAUCUCUUAGGCCUCAGGCAGGACCAGUCUUCUCUUAAGUCACCUUUUGCUGGCUUGUCUUCUCUCUUCCAUCGUAUGUCAACUCCAGCUUGACCAGUUGUAUCUCUGCCCAUCUUCUAUCACCUCCUUCUGUGCUUGUCUUCUGUCUAUUUAAUGUCACCUGCUGCUUGGCUUGAGAUCUGUCCAUAUCAUGUCACCUAUUGCUGUACUUGUCUCUGUAAUGUUAACUACUUUUGGGUUUGCCUUCUAUUUGUCUAGCUGAUGUCAUCUCCUGAUGGGCUCUUGUUCUCUGUGUCAAUCUAUAUGGCACCUCCUAAUGGUCUUUUUUACUAACUGUUUAUAUUUGUCAUCUCCAACUGAAUAUACCGUCUCUUUGUCUCGUCUUAUGUCACCUCCAACUUUGCUUGUCCUCUCUCUGUCAAUCUUAUAGCACCAUCUGUUGGUUUUGUCUUCUAUCUGUCUACCUGAUGUCACAUCCAGUUAAACUCCUCUACUUGUGCACCUUACAUCACUUUUUUUCUGGUCCUGUCUUCUGCCUGUUGAUCUCAUGUUGCCUUAUGCUGGGCUAUGUACUUCAGUCUAUCCAACUAAUAUCACUUUUAGUUUGUCCAGCCAAUGUUUUGUUCUUUCUAUAUCACGUGAAUUCAAGUCUCUCCAUCUUACAUAACUUCAUGCUGACUAUAUCUUCUGUUUGUGCUUCUCAUGCAACCUCUUGCUGAGCCUGUGUUUUUGUCUGUAUAUCUCAUGUGACUUCAUGCUGGAACUGCCUUCUAUCUGACCAGGUCAUUUUUUGCUGGGCUUGUGUUUUAGCAUGCCAUUUGCAGUACAUUUUGCUUGGCAUGUAUUCUAGAAAUCCACCAAAGUCUUGAUUUUGCAUCCCCAGAAACCCAGCAUGAGAGGCAGUGAAGUCUCUUUGAUCUUUUAUCGAAAUAAAUCAUCUCUGUUUGUUGGUUACAUGAAGAAACUGUGGGAACCAAUAUAUUUCAACUUACAGAAGCUGCCACCUUUGCCCACCUUGGACUGUUAGUGGGAGAAAGUGAGGUUGUGCCUUUUCUAUCACAAACUAGUUAAAAAUGAGCCAAUUUUGUGGCAGUCUUUCCUCUGUUUGCAAAUUAUUUUGCCAUUCAUAGGUAACCUCACUCUUUUGCUGUUAAUCUCUCUGCUCCCUGUGCCUAUUUUUUUCUGUGCCUUGCUUUGUAUCCCUGUGCCUCCUCCAUAUGUUCUGUGCCCCAUUCAUUUUUCCAUAUGCCCAGUCCCUUCAUAUGAUGCUACCACCCUCCCUGUGCCUCACUGACAUCUUUUCCUGUGUCAAUGUCUUUUUCUGGCCCUGUUUUUCUCAGAACUAUUUCAUGUUUCCUUGUCAUCUUGCUCGCCCUUGUCUGUCCCCCUUUCCUACUCUUCUGUGUGCCACUUGCUUUUAUUCUAUGCUUAUCUCACUUUAUACUUUUUUAUUCUUUGUCUUUCAUCUCUGUAAUUACAUCUGUUUCUUCCCGUGUGCUUCAUCCUCCCAUGUAUGGCUGUGUUUUGUUAACUCAUCUCUCUCCUGUUUUUAAUAUACUUUCCCUUUAUGUUCUGACCAGACAUUCUUUUUAUCAACUUCCAUUCUUUUCUCCACUCUUUCAUCUCUUUCUUUUCCUGUUUCUCUUCCAUUUUUCUUACAUCCAUUCUCCCCAUUUUAUUUUCUUCUUUCUUCCUGUUCACAGUCUGUUCUCCUCCCUUCUUUGUGCCACUUAACAUUUUCUUUCAAGGAGGCAUAGCGCUCUCUCGAUCUCUGCACCCCUGUGUAUUCACCCUUGUUUCCCAUUCACAGCAUUAAAGGUGCAGUUUCCCUUAAUGCUUACGCAUUUUGCCCUUAUGAGAGCUGCUAUAAAAUGCAGUCUAUAUUAUAGAUUCUGUAGUAUUAUUGUGCUGUCUGGAGGGUUCAGUCUAAAUUUGUUAAUUAAAACAAUGUAAAAUACCAUUGCUAUUAUAGAAGGUGUUAGCAAGCUAAGUGCUUUGCUGUAUUGUCAUCUUAACUGUGAUUUGCUUAAUAGAAUUGCAUUUGUACUGUGUAAUACUGAUCUUAUAUUUGGAGUUAUUUAAAGAUGGCCACCAAGCAGAGAGGAUAUUUUAAACUGCACCCACUGAAAAUGGUCAAGAGUAUGCAAUGCUACUGACCUGCCAUGUGUGGGCGCUCUUUCCUUGCACCCCCUCCCCAACCCAGGAACAUAGAAUAAAAUAUUUCUCCUAUUAUCUGUGAGGUUAUAUUAAGAUUCCAGUUGUGUGGUUUUUGCUAGGCCUAGCAUGACUAAUGUGCUUUCAUGUGGUGGAUUCAACUAAUAACUGCACAGAAGCGGAGCAGGCCAAGGACAAACCAGCGGGAACACAAGAAAGCCAUACCCUCAUCACCCUCUUUCUGGAUAAACCUGCCCCAAUAACCUUAAUAAAACAUACAGAUAUCACCUGGGUUCUUCUGUUUUUCUAUGAAAGCCUUCAGUUUUGAGGAAACUUUUUUGCUGCAAUUAAUGAAUUUAAAUCAUAAAUACUUUAACCCUAGUACUUGUGAAGAUAUUGGGUCCCUGAAUGAGAUUACUGUGUGUGAUGUGUAUCCCUGGGCUGCCCCUAUAUGAUCAUUUCUUUUCUGUGGUGUGUAUUACUGUGCCCCUCAAGGAUUAUGCCUGACGGGAACUGAUUACGGGCUGCCCCCCAAGCUGUUUAUGAAUUAUAUAGCUGGGGCAUCCUUCUCGGUGAAUGCUCCUCUCGGAGUAUCUGCAUGCUGCCUCCCUGCACUCACAGACCAGGAUACCAACACAAUGUAUAUCUGGCUUCUCACUGCUCGCUUCAUAGUGUCACAAAAUGACUUGAGGUAUCUGCUAGUUUUUAUUCUUUUUAAGAUGUUAGGUAAUGGCCAUCUUUAAUACUCCCUAAGUAUGCUAUUUAAGGUGGAAAUGAGGGGUCACAGAGGGACAUUCCUCAUGUAGGCUGUGUGCAAGUCUUGUUUCCCGUGUAAGCGCUUGUGUUUCCUCUCGGUGGCUCCGGGAGGCAGUUUUGUUCUUGUUUUUGCUUGUCUCAGGUCCCUGUGUCCCCUGUGUGUUCUGUCUCAGGUAGGCUGCUAAACUUUAGGCCCCACAUAUCAAAUGGAAGCUCAGAUUGAUCAUAUCAUGGAUAGAUAAUCAUUUUCUCCUCCCCCCCCUUUUUUUUUUUUUUUUUGCUUUUUAGUUGUAUUAUUUCUGUAUUUUUUAAUAUACGGUAAACUGUUUGAAAUGUAUUGUUGAGUAUUACUUUGUAAGAAAAUGAUAAUAAAACAUAAAAUCAUGUCA